UCUCUUCUAUCCACAUGUGAUUCACGUGUUUACAUGGAGAGUUGUGUUCGGUGCGUUAUAUUGGCAACACUGAAAUAGGCAAACAUUGACUUCGUACUCCUAUAGUUAAAACUAGAGUACAGACAUGUCGGACAGUGAAGAAGAACCUCAUGAACGGACUUCAGGAGAACAGAAAAGAGAUUCAAAGUACCAGUGUCCGGCUGAGUUUACAUCCUUUUUGUAUGACUCCUCUGUAAAUGCAUUAUCGGACGUAGAUAAACAGCAGUUAUGGUUCAUCAAAGCUCCAGCUCGUUUUGAUCCUGAAUGCUUUGAUAAUCUCACACUUCCUUUAUCAGGACUGGAAAUGGUCCAGUCUAAUGGUAACAGCCCUCAGAUCUACAGUGUUGUUAGUGGCGGGACAACGCCAUCAGACCUCCAUCUUCUCAUUUCCAAAGGGGAAAAUCAGAAGCUUUCUCUCUGCUCCUCCGGCUUCAGCGGUGUCCUGAAGAUCUCAGAGAGCUAUGGAAACUGUGGUGAAACUCAGGGCCCGAUCCCUGUACCGGCCGCUCCAGCUCCACGCAUCCCAGAUGGUCUUAAACAGCGUUUCCAUCCUUUCGGUGGUUCAGCUGGAGCUCGCAUACAAAAAGAAGCCACUUUUGCUUCUCCAACUCCACCCCAAAAAACGAGACAGGAUCUGGGUGAUGGAGAGGAGCCAAAAAAGAAGAAGAAAAAGAAAGACAAGAGACAGGAGGAGGGGGACAGUCAAGAUGUUCUUAUCAAGCAAGAAGAAACACAAAUUGAAUGUGAUCAGUUAGAGAUAUCUGAACUUAUGAAGGAAGAGCUGACGGAGGAGAAGAGGAGGAAAAAGAAAAAGGUGAAGAAAGAGAAGGAAAGAGAGAGUCUAGAUAUGGUUGAUGCAAGUUUAUUAUUGAAAACGGAGCAGCUGGAUCCUUCUCAUGAUGACACUGAAGUAACCCCGAAGAAGAAGAAAAAGAAAAGUAGUCGAAAUGAGUAGACUGCUAACAGAACUUAAAAUGUUUUAAUCACUUUUUUUGUCAUGUUUACAAAUAUAAAUGAAUUUACCUGUCAAAAAAACUGCUGAG